AUGGUGAUGCAUUGUCCCGAGGAGAGGAAGCUAGUUUAUGCUGUUUAUAUGUUGGUGGGUGAGGCUAGCUUUUGGUGGAAAGGUGCUCAGGCUAUGAUGGAAGCUAGAGGGGAAGUGGUGAAUUGGGAAAAUUUCAAAAAGGUAUUCCUAGAGAAAUAUUUUCCAGAUAGUGCCAGGUAUGCUAAGGAAGUUGAGUUUUUGAGACUGCAGCAAGGAAAUAUGUCAGUACAAGAGUAUGUGGUCAAGUUUGAACACUUGGCUAGGUACUAUUCUCAAGCUAUCACUGAAGCCUGGAGAUGCAGGAAGUUCAGUGAGGGUUUAAGGUAUGAGCUGAAGAAGACUAUUGUCCCUAUGGGAAUUGUGGAGUUCCCAGUUUUAGUUGAAAAGGAAAAAACAAUGGAAAGAUUUGAAGAAGGAAAUAAAAUGGCAAAGGGUCCAGAGGAAUCAUCUGGAUUUGGGAGGGGGAAACAUUCUCAAAAGAGACCAUCUCAGUUUCAAAUUGGAAAUGCUAAUAAGAAACCGAUGGGGACUACUUCCACAAGAGCUGUUCAGAGUAUCAGAUGUUACACAUGUGGAGGCCUACAUAUGAUGAGGGACUAUCCUACAAAGAACUAUGUGUGUUUUAAAUGUGGCAAGGUGGGUCACAUGGCUAAAGAUUGCAAUGUCAGAAAUACUCCAGCUACAGGGAACCUGAAAGUGGAUCGGCCUACUGUAGCAUGUCGUGUUUUUGCUUUGACAAGUGCUGAAGCUGAAACGUCAUCUGAGCUGGUAAAGGGAAAGGGCAAAGCUGAUGGUAAUGAUAUUUCUAUUCUAUUUGAUUCGGGUGCUUCACAUUCUUUUAUUUCUUAUGAAUGUGUGGCAAGGUUAAAUUUGGUUGUGAGUUCCUUGUGUGUGGAUCUAGUCAUUUCUACCCCAGCUUCAGGGAUGGAUUGGCUUUCUGCCAAUAGGAUUUUGAUAGAUUGUUCAGAGAAGAGAUUAAUCUUUUCUACUAUUGGACAAGAGAGAUUUAUUUCUAGUGGACAGGUGGGUGGAUUGUUGAAGGGUGGAGCUCUUGGGUUUAUGAUCCUAUCUUUUAUCAGUGUAGAGAAUGAAAAGUUGUUGAAUAGUAUUGAUGUUGUUAGAGAUUUCCCAGAGGUUUUUCCGGAUGAUGUUCCAGGUUUACCACCAAAGCGAGAGUUGGAGUUUAGUAUUGAUCUUAUACCAGGGGCGGGACCAGUGUCUAUUUCUCUUUAUAGAAUGGCACCAGCGGAGUUUUCUGAAUUGAAGAAGCAGGUUGAGGAACUUUUGGAGAAGCAGAUGAUCAGACCUAGUGUCUCUCCGUGGGGAGCACCCGUGUUAUUGGUAAAGAAGAAGGAUGGUGGUGUGAGGUUAUGUGUGGAUUACAGGUAUCACCAGAUUUGGGUAAAGGAAGAGGACAUACCAAAGAUUGCUUUCAGGACUCGGUAUGGCCAUUAUGACUAUGUUGCGAUGCCUUUUGGAGUGACGAAUGCUCCAGCUAUUUUCAUAGAUUAUAUGAACAGGAUUUUCAGACCCUUUCUGGAUAAGUUUGUUGUGGUGUUCAUUGAUGACAUUUUGGUUUAUUCUGGAUCUAUGGAGGAACAUAAAGAACAUCUGAAGAUAGUUUUGCAGGUAUUGAAGGAGAAACAGAUAUUUGCAAAGUUGUCAAAAUGUGAGUUUUGGCUAUCUGAAGUUAAGUUCUUGGGUCAUGUGAUUUCUGCACAAGGAAUUGCAGUUGAUCCUACUAAGGUGGAAGCGGUUUUGAGGUGGGAGCGUCCGAAAUCAGUUACUGAAGUUAGAGGUUUUAUGGGAUUGGCUGGCUAUUAUAGAAGAUUCAUAGAAGGAUUUCCUAAAAUAGUUAUGCCUUUGACACAACUAACCAGGAAGGAUCAUCCUUUUGUAUGGAAGGAGGAGUGUGAGAAGAGUUUUCAAGAGUUAAAGGAGAAGCUAACGUCGUCUCCUGUGUUGAUUCUGCCAAAUCCCGAUAAAUCUUUUGAGGUUUAUUGUGAUGCAUCUCAUCAAGGUUUAGGAUGUGUUCUUAUGCAAGAUAGACAGGUUGUGGCCUAUGUAUCUAGGCAGUUAAAGACUCAUGAACGGAAUUAUCCUACGCACAAUCUAGAGUUGGCUGCGAUGGUUUUUGCUUUGAAGAUUUGGAGGCAUUAUCUUUAUGGAGAAAAAUCAGGUGUGAGAUCUUGGGAUAGCAAGGAAUCUUUUUGGGUAGCUGUUUUGAGAAGUGGCUAG